AUGGCCCCUGUCGAAGGAGGAGAGGAAGGGCACCAGAGUGCGGACGAGCGUGAGCAGUCGCAGCCGCGAGCAGCACUGGUCGUGCACGGGCUAGUGGAUGGUGAGCACGACGGUCUUGAUGUGCGCGGUGGCCAUGUACUGUGUGUGGUGGCCAUGUCCCUGGCCCGCACCUCCGCGACACCCGACGACGCGCAUAGGGCUGACCGCGAGCCCGUCGAGGUGACCUCGAUGUUCAGCAGGGCAACGUCAUACACCGUCUCCCAAUCAUCGUCAAUGGCGUCUGCCGGAAAGGAGGAGCAGGUCAGUGCUACCCCGACCGUGGACGCUGGCCAAGCGCGAGCGCUCCUGAGCUCCGGCGGCGGAGGUCACGCGUAUCUGGACGUCAGGCUGCCGGUGGACUUCGACAAGGACCAUGCCGCCGGCGCCGUCAACGUCCCCUACUACCUCGCUGUCACUCCCCAGGGCAAGGAGAAGAACCCAAAAUUCUUGGAGGAAGUAGGUGCGCGCUAUGGGAAGGAACAACACUUGGUUGUGGCUUGCCGCACUGGCGUGAGAUCCAAGCUUGCGACUGCGGACCUCGUAAACGCGGGGUAUAAGAACGCGAGGAGCCUGCAAGGUGGCUACGUUGCCUUCCUCCAGAGCGCAGCCGCGGAUCAGCAGCCAGCACCUCAGUAGUUGCGAACUUGACUCAUGCAUGAUCAAAGCGGAAUAAAUUUGGAACUUUUUUACAUGUGCCCACCAUGUUUUCCUUUUUGAACUCUUCACCAUGUUCAUGAUGAUGUAAAGAUACAGGAGUUGUGUGUAUGAAUGGGAAUCUGUCACCAGUUCAAUGGGCCGGGGUUGGGGCAUAUAUGUCCGCAGAUUUGCGCUUGA